ACACAUCACGUGAUCAUCUCUUCCUCCCAGACCCAUCAUUCGCACACCAACGGUGCAUUUUUCUCCGGCAGAUUGGUCCGUUCCAAGCAUGCAUUUAGAUGAAGAUUAAUUUAUAAAAUGCUUUUUAAACGAUCUACUGGAAACUAGGAAGUCACUAAACGCAAGUUUUCACGCCAGUUGAUAUUGGAGGAAUAUAAAAUAUUGGAGGAAAAUACAUUUUCUCAUCAUGGCAGAAAACAACUUCCCUCCGCUGCCUCGAUUCAUCCCCCUCAAGCCGUGCUUUUACCAGGAUUUCAACGAGAUCCCUGACCAGCGUCGCACCAUGUGCAAGCGGCUCUACUACUUAUGGAUCUUGAAUAGCGCCACUCUGGCUGUCAACCUGAUUGGCUGCCUGGCAUGGAUGUGUGGUGGAGGCGGAGCCACCAACUUUGGCAUGGCCUUCCUCUGGCUCAUCCUCUUCACGCCUUGCUCGUACGUGUGCUGGUUCAGGCCCAUCUACAAGGCCUUCAAGACCGACAGCUCCUUCAACUUCAUGGCGUUCUUCUUUGUCUUCAUGGCCCAGGUUGUGAUCAGUAUUAUCCAGACAGUCGGCAUUCCGGGAUGGGGAGUAUGCGGUUGGCUGGCAACCAUAACGUUCUUCAGCACCAACAUCGGCUCGGCUGUGGUCAUGUUGAUCCCCACCGUCAUGUUUACCGCCGUGGCGGUGCUGUCCUUCAUCGCCUUGUCCAAGGUGCAUAACUUCUACCGUGGCAGCGGGGGCAGUUUGGGGAAGGCCCAGGAGGAGUGGGCCACCGGGGCGUGGAAGAACCCCCACGUGCAGCAGGCGGCUCAGCAAGCCGCUAUGGGCGCCGCUCAGGGAGCCAUGCAGCAGAACCAGUACUCAGCAGCCCCCACCUACAACUACGACGAUCCGAUGUAGGACAGGAGAGAAACGGGAGAAAGAUCCAAAAAGGGAUUCAUAAAAAACACAAUUCAUAAUUAGGUGCCCUUCGUUAGCUACGAGAACUACGAGAAGUGUUAGGUGCAAAUGUACUGUACAUCUGUCAAUCACAUCACGUCAAUUUGUCAUUUUACCAAGUUGCUUUCCAAGAUUGUAUCAUUCCCAACCUCCGGGAUCGACAUUGGCAACCACUAAAACAACACCGAGUCUGACAUUCCCAGCAAGAACGCCAACUUUACUGCGCACAUAUUUUUUACGCAAAACAGGAAAUGACAGUUUUCAUCUUCAUCUUUUGAGAAGCCAUAGAAUUGGAAUUCAUACGCUUCGGAGAAACCGCUUUGGAACCUUUCCUCACGUUAAGCUAAUACAGCUAGCAAGCUUUUCUUCAUGCUGGAAAGGAAAAGUACACAUUUUUCCAAUUUUGCCAAUCUUCCACAAUCCUUAUGUUUCUCUUUUAUGUGUUCUAAAAGGUAGCUCGCCACCGCACGUAACGACACGCCUCAUUGGCUAGGAACGCUAACGUAACGUGCAUGUUAGCUACAUUGUUAUUAUUGUUAUUAACGUUGAAGCGGUUAGCAUGUUGGCCACACAGAUCUGGAAGACCUGGGCCAGGCCUCGUUACACCAAUUAAACCACUUGGCGCAAUUGCAAAGACACUCUGCGGCUAGCUACUAGCCGGCUAGCUACUAGCUAACGGCUACGCAACGUCACAAUGUCACAAAGCCUCAGACCACUACCAAAAAGGUAACGUUGCAUAUUGUUACAUAACUGCAUUACCGUGUUUUCGAAUUUGGAAAAGUAAACACAGUGAAAUACACGCAAGAAGGAAGUUCCGCUAAUGCUUGAAAUGAGCAAAAUACCCAAGAUAUUUUUCAUGUACCCUUUUAUGACGUGCUCACAACCGAGAUAUAAAACCUUCCCAUUAUGCGCAGAAAUGAGCUCGCUCUUUUUUUUAUCUGUUUUUAUAUCUUUAUAACACACAAAAGAGAAAGACAGAAGGAUGGUGGAUGAUUGGAGUUUUCCUUUAAGGCUCGGCCACAACUGUAAUUGGAGUAUUACAAUACUACGUAUAUUUACUACUAAGUACAAGACAGUAUUCUUUUGAUGGUAGGACCAGAUCCUUAGCAAAUUAUGAUAAAGUUGUCACGUUGUAAAUAUUGAUGAAUAUAUGAUCGCGGCUAUUGAAUAUUACAGGCAACAACUUUGGAGACCAACUUUAUUCGUUAUUUUAUGUGAGACGUGAACUUGACUCCGAUAUUUUUUCGAUGUAUGUUUUCGACACCGUCUCUGAGCGCGCACAAUUUUGCACUGUUUUGUUGAUAUUUGCCGACCAAACGACUCAGUCAGGAUUUUUUUUUCCCCGAAAAAAAUCAGAAAAAAAAACUGUCGAUGUUGGUCGUCGGUGUUCACGCUGUUUAAAAGCGAAAUAUCCCCACGCUUAAAAACGUUUUUGUGACGUGAUUCAUAUUAGCGUACGCUGGCUCACGACGCUAACUGCAGUAGGCUAGUAGCGCUUUGCACCCCCGAGCGGACACGCAAACAUACGCAAACAUGUGAUUUUAUCCAGGGUGUCAUAAUUAUCAACCUGUUUUUUUUAUUGUUUACUUCAUCGAUUUUUCCAUUAUUGUGACAGAACUAGGAAAUCCACACUCCCGUUUUAAGCGGUUUUUUUUCGUACUUUUUUUAAAAUCUUCUCCAAUACUGCCAACAAGCAACGCCGGCGUGACGUGUGGAUAAAUCCUGGCUUCCGAAAUAAAGACACAGUCGGGUGUUUUCAACCAAGAUUUACAUUCAAACGCAAACAUCAAACGUAUAACAUGAAGUUGAGAAGCUAGUGUUAGCUUAGCGGCACAAACAGGAAUUAUCACAUGACAACGACCAAGUGCCGAUUUGCUGUCAAACUGGUCAACGUUCCAAAACGACACAAUGUACGCAAAUUGUUGAUGCGAUGCUCCGCUUUGCUUCCAAUUGUCACCGGAUCAACUUUCAGAGUGAUCUUCCCGCUAUAGUUGAUCUUUGAUGCCCACACCGCAUGUGUGACAAGCACAGACGGCGUUUUAGUGUCAGGGUCAUUUUUACUUUUUACUCAUGAACCCGUGUCAGCUCCAUAUUUACACCCUUUAACUCAGGGGUGGGCAAACUACGGCCCGGGGGCCACAUCCGGCCCGCCCAGUGUUUCAAUAUGGCCCGCCUGUUUUUUCCAAAUAUUUCAUUUAAACUCAACAUAACAUAACCUGGCAUCGUGGCUUGGCCCAAUUUUUUGAUGGUUGAGGUAGCUGCUUUAUCAAUUUCGUUAUUUGAUGUGGUCUGUUGUUUACAAAAUGCUCCUGUAAAAAAGGGACACAAGCACAUAAUAAUAAUAAUAAUAAUAAUGUCAAUAAUGAUAAUAAUACUACUAUUAUAUUAAUAUUGUUGUUAAUAAUAUUAAUAUAAUAAUGGUAGUAAUAUUACAAAAUACUCCUGGAAAAAGGAGCACAAGCACAAUAAUAGUAAUACAAAUAAUGAUAAUAAUACUACUAUUAUAUUAAUAUUGUUGUUAAUAAUAUUAAUAUAAUAAUGGUAUUAAUAUUAUUAUUAUAACAAAAUAAUAAUAUAAUAACAUUACUAUAACUAAUAAUAAUUCUAAUAAAAAUAACAAUAAUAAUAAUAAUAAUACAUUGAGAAACACACGUUACAUCAAAUAAAUGAUUUCAAAGUGCACAUAUAGCAGAUUGCAUGACACUUUUACAUGUAAAAUAUGUGUAAAAAUAUAGGUGUAAAAAUGGACUGUUACGUGUAAAAUACGACAUAAUCCCCCCCGUCAAUUUUGUUAAAUUAAUGCGGCCCGCGAGUCAAAAAGUUUGCCCACCCCUGCUUUAACUCACGUCGCACCCCGACAGGAGCCCAUUUACCCAAACGCCUACCCCACUCACGGUGCAACCAAAAAUACGGAUGUGACAACUCACCAUUUUGGCCACACCGACAGGAAGUUACCCAGCAUGUAUUGCAGGUUAAAUGACUACAGUAAUCCGUAGUUAAUCACGAUUAAUUGAUGCCAGACCGAUAAUUUACACUUAUUACCCAGUCUAGUAGAUACAUAAUAAGAGUAAAUAAUGGAUUUCAGACACAUGUUAGCAUUGUGCUAAUGUGUGUUGCUGUAAAUGCUUGGGGAGCUGAGAGAGAGGUGGACAGGAAGUGACGUGGCGUGGGUUCAGGCCGCAGCAGUAAGCCCGUGUUAUUUAUUGCGCUUUGUUGUGAGAUCAUUCGGAGCUGCAAUAAAGAGCUGUUGUUUUCCGGUGAUCAAGUCUGAAGUCUGGUGCUUGUGUGUCUCAGCGUCACAUUACUGACACACAGCGACCGCAGAUUGUGUGUUUGGCAUUUCUUGUUGUAGCGUGGGUCAGGAGGGGGCAUUCGAUUUGAUGACUUCCUGUUGGUUGGCGUUUUUCACAAUGACUUAAUAAUAAUGAAUAAUAAUAAUAAUAAUGACUUUCCAAUGCCAUUUUCCUGCUCUGACAUGUCAAGGCGUGCAGGUCCAAUGAAUAAGCAUUCCAAACCGGUGUCGUGAACCUGGAAGUAAACUGGAAAUGCAAGUGAGUGAUGUUGUCGGUGUUUCUUUUCAUGGAAAGACUUCCUACUUUCUAAUGCUCUGGAUUCCAUUGUAACUCUGUGGAUGUUGGUGUUAUCCCACGAGAUGUAGGUGUAAUAUGAUAUCAUAUUUAUAUCAAGAAAAUCAAUGAGGUGAAAGUGAGCGUCGUCGUGCGUGUCGUCGUGUUCUGUGGAGGUCGCGCAUCCAAAAGUCUUCAGCUUCCAAUUCCGCACACCAUGCUAGCGGUGACACAGUAUUAGACUUGGAGGAAGUGUAGAAAAAGUGCUUGUUAUUUCCGAAAAUGUGUCGUUGUGUCUGAUUGUGACGCCGUGGUAUUCCAUAUGCAGAUUUUUAACCCUUUUAGUUGCUUUCUUUUCCAUCCGUUUGUGUGUUUUUCAUCAUGUUUGGAUGAGCACGUUUGAAUCAUUUUGUAACUUUUGCCUCUUCUUUGUUUUUUUUUUUAUUCCAAUUUCAUGAAGUGGUUUUCAUUGAAUAAUACGGAGCCCCCGAGGGGACAUGGGGGAAACAAUUGAGGUGUAAAGAGAGAAAAGGAUACAUUUUGUGGGAUUGUGCAAACAUUUUUGGGAUAAACUUUGUCAAGUUUUGCAAGCUCUUUUUUUUUUUACCCAUUAAUUUGUUUUUGUCCGUGUCCCCUCGGGGGCCACGUUGCAUAACGAUACAGGUGCUCGGUGCAAAACCAAACUGUCAGUGAAAUCAGUAGAGCCAAAAUCUGCCAACCUGUACAAUUAGCGGGGAUGCACAUAUUGCAGCAACAACAAGCUGGCCUGAAAGUGAAAGUGAAAUCAGCUCACAUUUAAUAGUGCACUGCAUCGCUGGCGUGCACUGCAUCGCUGGCGUGCACUGCAUCGCUGGCGUGCACUGCAUCGCUGGCGUGCACUGCAUCGCUGGCGUGCUGCAUUUCCUAGCGCUGUAUCAAAGCCAUUUCUUCUAAUGUCAUUUCCAUAAUGUUUAAUAUGUAUGAUCGUGUGGUUAAAGGGGACCUAUUGUGCUCAUUUUCGGCCCUUUGUAUUGAGUUAUGGACUCCUAUAGAGCAGCUACACACAAUAACCCGCACAGAAAGCUUUCUAGAGCCUCCAGAAUCUGCACCUAUUCCAGCUGUAUUUUCUUGGAUGUCCCAGUGUGAACUAUCACAGCAGAGCAGGGAGGAACACAGGCCUACAGCUUGUACCCAGGCAUGCCCAUAUAAGGAAAUCUGUGACAUCACAGUGAAGCGGCGUUAGAAAACCAAGCGUUCAGUGCCAAAGUGGAAAAGCAUAAUAGGGCCCCUUUAAAGUAGAGCUAAAAAUGACUUGGAAUGAGGAAAUCAUUCAUCAAGGAAUUUGAGGAAUUUGUCUCCAUGACGGACGUACACUGUUUUUAUGUCAAUUACUUUUGUAUGAUUUGGUCCUGCCAUAAUAGAUAUUAAACCGUUAUUGUUGCA